AUGAACUGCACGCCAGCGGAAAGUUGACGUCAAUGUCUAAAUGGGUUAAUCUAUACCAUGAGAUCAGUGCUGAUCCCCGAUUCAGCGCAAUGUUGUCGCAGCCCUUCGCCGGUUCCACUCCUCUCGACUUAUUUAAGUUUUAUGUCGAAGAACUCAAAGCCAGAUAUGAAGACGAGAAACAAAUGAUUAAAGAUAUACUGAAGAGUAAGGACUUUGAAGUGACGAUUGCCACCACUUAUAUAGACUUCGCAACUAUACUAAGCGAAGACACGAGAAGUGCUACACUCGACGGCGGAAACGUUAAAAUCAUUUACGAAAAGCUCAUCGAAAGGGAAAAAGAGAGGGAAAGGGAACGAAUCAAAGAAGAGCAGAAACUUAAGCGCAAAUUAGACACCGCUUUCUUAGCAGUUUUGGCUAAACUCGAUCCACCCAUCGAUGAGGACUCCCACUGGGAUUCGGUUAGACCUCUCAUUGCUAACGAAGAGGCCUUUUUGGCCAUACCUUCCGAAGCCGAUAGGAUAACACUCUAUAAGAGUUGUAUCCGAACUAUGGAAGAGUCCUGUAGUCAUCAUCACUCGAAGGCUAAGAAAAGUUUUUAUUCCAAUAAAAAAACGGACAAAACAAAGAAAAUUAAGAAAAGAUCUCAUUCUUCGUCGUCGUCUUCUUCCUCGUCAAGCGAUGACGAGCGCCGACACCAAAGGCGCGGCGAAAACAACAAAAAGGGCAGUCAUUCCCAUUCCAUAAGCCCACCAACGCAUAGGUCUGUUCACUCGCACUCUCAGUCUCACAGCUCGUCCAGCGAUAGCGAACAUGGAAUUCAAAAAUUCAAACCAAUUCCCGCCCGCAAACAAUCUUCGGUUUCUGACGACGAGAGGACUCGUAUGGAAUCGCCAGAGAAAAGCAAAGCAAUGCCAACGACUCACCCGUCGGGCGGUAAAGAGUCUUUCGAUGAUUUGGAAGAAUUGGAAAAACAAAGGAGAAUAUUAUUGCAACAGUUGGCCGCACAUCACACCACCCAAUGAUCACUCCAUCAAUAGUAACAAUACUUUACAUAUAAAAAUCUCUGACAUUUAUUUAAUUAAAAUUUCGAUUAUAAACUUAAUAAAAAAAAUAAUUUAUAAUUAUAAUAAAUUUAUAAAUUAUGUACAAAAUAUA